UGCAGUGAGUGGUGUUGUGGGACUGCAUGACUGCCAGCUGUACCUUAUUUGAUGUGUUUUCGUGAUUUGAAAACUAUUUGAACAAUUAGUUUGCAAUUGAUUUGUCGCGCAAUUGUGGCCAAAGUGUUGACACAUAAGUGACCGCAAGAGUGAAGACACGGACAAUUGUCUCAAAUGUUACCCAAAUAUUCAAAUGAUAAGGAAUAUAAGGUGACCCAUGCUUUCAAAGUGAAAGAGAAACUUAGCGGAUGGCUCAGGCUCAUAUUGUCGGACAAAAACUCGAGAAAUUUAUUUCUCUUUUUAUUGCUGAAUCUCUCCUUCGCUUUCGUGGAGCUCUCGUAUGGCAUAUGGACUAACAGUCUGGGAUUAAUAUCGGACUCGUUCCACAUGUUCUUCGACUGUACGGCCCUAUUGGCGGGUUUGGCCGCUUCCGUGAUCACCAAAUGGCGAUCCAAUGAGCGCUUUUCUUACGGUUACGUGAGGGCCGAAGUGAUCGCCGGUUUCGUGAACGGGUUGUUCCUCUUAUUCAUCGCAUUCUUCAUAUUCUCAGAAGCGGUCGAACGGGCGAUAGAACCGCCGGAAGUGAAACACGAGAGACUGUUCCUGAUCUCAGUGUUGGGUCUUCUGGUAAACCUCGUGGGCAUCUUUGUCUUCCAACACGGGGGAGCGCACGGACACUCCCAUGAGGGCGGCGGCGCUCACAAUCACUCGCACGGCAAUCAUUCGCACUCACAUAAUGGUCACUCACACCACGGCCACAGUCACGAGAGCACCGGUGGUCACUCGCAUUCCAGCGCCGGCAACACCAGUGAUGUGAGCAACCGGCAGAUCAUGCAGGGGGUGUUCCUUCAUAUUAUGGCCGACACUCUCGGAAGUGUUGGAGUGAUUAUAUCAGCCAUUCUCAUGAGUUACUUCGGAUGGAUGAUAGCCGACCCCAUCUGUUCCAUGUUCAUCGCAUCGUUGGUUGCGUUGAGUGUAAUCCCACUCCUGAGGGAUUCGAUUAGCAUUUUGAUGCAAAGAACUCCCCGUGAAUUAGAUCCUCACUUAGCGGGCUGUUACCAAAGGGUGAUGCAAUUAGAAGGUGUGCUGAGUCUUCAAGAGCCACACUUCUGGACGCUGUGUUCGGAGGCAUACAUAGGUUCGGUGAAAGUGGAGGUCUCCAAUGCGGCCGACCCUCGAUAUGUGUUAAGCCAUACCCACAGCAUAUUCGCUCAGAUCGGAGUCAAACAACUUUAUGUUCAAAUAGAUUUCGCUCCCAUUUGACCGCAUUUUUAGUAUUAAUUAAUUCAUUUAUAAAUUUUAUUAAAUU